AUCGUGGGGAUCGGUCUUCUUGCCGAUAGCUCUCAUGGUCGUGGCAUGGCAGCUGCGGCUCGGCAUGGAGCAUGGAGCUGAACCUCUUGGCGUACAUCCGAGCGUGAGCUUUGGCAUGCCUAGGGUUCUCCAGUGGGCGGGAGUCUGGUCAAGCGACGAAGGCCCACCGAGGCCUUAUUGGCAACAUACGACGGAUGAUAAAGGAAGAGCUGUACAGUCGGCGCGCCGGUGCGGCGACUGAGGGUGUUUUUAAAGGAGCAACCCUUUCGGGGUUGCCGAGGACACGAGAAACGUGCACGUUGCGAAAGUAAGACGCGACCACGCACACGGCGCUGCCUCACCCCUCUCACUAUGUACGUGCGCACCUCGCGACGCGGCUGCGGGCGCGUGCUGCCUGUCGGCGCUAGCGCUGGCAGCAGCGGCGCCUGCAGCACCAGCAGCAGCACCAGCACCCACAACAGGGGUGGCAGCCCAGGAGGACUCGACAAGCAGCCGUAUGGCGCAGCAACAUCAGCAUCAGGCAGUAGCAUAAGCGCCGGCUGUAGCAGCUGCAGCAGCAGCGGCGGCGGCAGCGGCGGCAGCGGUGGCAGUAGCAGCGUGGUGGCGGUAGCGGUAGCCGGAGCAGCAGCGGCAGCCCCUGCAACAGCCGCAAUUGGCACCGGCGGUUGUCUGGAGGCGGUGGGCAGUAGCAGUAGCAACAAUAGCAGUAGCAGCAGCGGUGCAGGAGUGGGAGGCGCCACAACAAUGUCGGGGUCUGUGCCCGGUCCCGCCGCUGCCUCGAGCAGUGCUCUGGUCGUUGCGUCCAAGAGGCGCCAGCAGCAGCUGGGCUCGCAGCCCCUGCCGCCGCCGCGCUGGCCGCCCGCCUUCAACGUCAUCGACUGCACCGCCCUGACCCCCACCACCCCCACCUUUCACACCUCAUCACCACCACCUUCAACUACAGCUUCCAACGCCGCCUCUUCUGCCUCAUCCACCUGGGGGCGACGCGCGCCGUCUCCACCUCAGCCAUCUUCCUCGCAGUCACUGCCGCCACCUCGGCCGUCGCCGUCGCCGUCGCCGCUACCGCCGCCGCCGCCGCCGCCACCGCCGCCGCCGCUCCUGUACUCCUGCCGGCCGGACUGGGCGGAGGGGCGGGCGGUGGCGGGCGCGUGUCUGUACGGCAGUGCGGCGGUGCGGCUGGCGGGGGUGGUGGAGAGGCCGGCUCGGCUGGCAGAGGCGCUGGCGGCGCACGCCCGGCGGUCGGGCGGCGCGGCGCGGCCUCCCCGCCUGAACGCCGCCUGGCGCUGCCAACCCGACACCCACCGCUUCCUAUGCCACUGCGAGGUCAGGCAGGCGCUGCAGGGCCUCUACCAGCUGCGAUGCCCCGACACCUCCCCCCUCACAGCCGCCGACUGCGGAGACCACACCGCCAGCUGCACCGGCAGUAGCAGUAGCAACCGCAGUGGCGCUACCGCCGGUAGCACCGCAUCACUGGCGGCAGCGGCAGCAACAGCAGGUGGUGAGGGCGGCGCACCUGCUACAGCCGCCGCCGCCGCCGCAGCCGCCGGGCUCCGCGCCAUUCGUCCCAGGCUGUGUGACGCCCUGCGGUGUGCAGACUGUUGGCAGCAGCACCGGCUGCUGCUGCAGCUAGACGUCUGCCGUCUCACGCUUCAGCCAACCACAUUACCGCGGUGCGCCUCUGGCGGCGGCGGUGGUGGUGGUAGCGGCGGUGGUAGCGGCGGUGGUAGCGGCGCCGGCGGUGGUGGCGGCGGCGGCAGGGGCUGUUGGACGGUGGACGUGGAGCCCGUAUGUGGCGGUGAAUGGAUGGCUGCGUGUACGGAGAUUCUGGAACCGGUGCUUUCCUGGGUCCGGAAUGACCUGCUGGGAAGCUACUGGUUCCGUAACCCGACCCAGCAGCCGCUCGCCCUCCUCCUGCUACAGCCGCGUGCGGCGAGCGCCGGUGGCAAUAGCGGCAGUAGCAGCGACUGCGGCGGUGGCACGGCAGCGGCGCAGGCACCGGACGAGGGCCCGAGGGGAGGGGAGAAGGAGGUUGUGCUACUGCCGCCCUACGCAGGCGGUGUGCUGGGCCUGGAGUGGGCGGGCGCGGGCGCGCUACUGCCGCUGCGCUGCGAGCCAAAUCAGGACCGUGUCAUUGUGCAGCUGCGCGGCUGCCGGCGUGUGCUGCUGGUGCCCCCCGAGGCGGCUGUAGCAGCCCCCGGCGGCCUGGCGCCCUUCCCGCUGCUGCACCCCUACGACUGCUACAGCCAGCCCGCGGUCGCGCACACACUGGUAAUGGAGACGCCCGGAGUGGACGUGGCCCGCGCGAGGGAGGCCGUGCUGGCGGCCUGGCCGCAGACACUGCUGGGAGGCGGCAGCGGCAGUAGCAGCAUCAGCGGCAGCGGCAGCGGCAGUAGCAGCAACGGCAGCGGGAACGGCAGUAGCAACAUCCGGGGCGGCGGGGUGCGGGGCGCUGCGGCGCUGCUACAGCCGGGUGAUGCCCUGUACGUCCCGGCGGGCUGGUUCCUCCACUCGGAGCUACUGCCGCCGCCACAGCCCUCAGCUGCCGCCAAUGCUACUGCCGUGCAGGGCAGUAGCAGCACCGCCGGCAGUGGCGGCGGCAGCAGUAGCAGCAUUAGCAACAGCCCCUUCCCGGCACUGCUCGACAACCUAGCCCUGGUCCUUACCCUGGCGCCCGCUGAGCCGCCCCCGGCCCCUCCAUCCCCUCCUGCUACAGCCAGUGGCGGCGGCAGUAGCAGCUACACCACCAGCACCAGCAGUAGCAGUAGCAGCAGCGGCACCGCGCGGAGGGUGCUGCUGCCGGCCCGGCCGCCCUCCGCUCGUGCGGCGGCGCUGCAGGUGUGUCGGCUGCUUGAGGGCUGGGCGCUGGCGGCGGAGGUGGCACCCGGGCCGGAGCUGACACGGGUGCUGAGUGGGAUGGCGGAUUACCACGAGGAGCGGCGUGCUCUGGAGCGGGAGCAGCGGCGGCAGCAGCAGUUGGUGCGGACGGCAGCAGUGGCACAGGUGAUGACGUGUACGCGGCUGGGGAAGCAGUCGCGUGCAGAUGAGGGAGAGCCACAGACGUGCGGGCUGGUUGACGGCAGCACGGCAGCAGCGGCGCCGGCAGGGGCAGCAGCGGCGCCAGCAGGGGCAGCCGCGGUGCCAGCUACUGCUGGUCAAGAGGAGGCGCCUCCCCUUGUAGCUCCCGCCGUCACUGAUAUUGCUGGCGCAGCCGCCGCGGGCGGCGGCACAGCAGCCACCGCCUCGUCGCCUGCCAGCAUCGGCGGCGGCGCACCUGUGCCUCUCACAUCCAGCGGCGCCGCCAGCGCCGCGGGCACCACUACUGAUACACCUAGCAGCGCUGGCAGCAGCGCUGGUAGCAGCAGUGGCAGCAGCAGUGGCAGCAGCAGUGACAGCCGCCACCCCACCUUCAUGCAGCGCCUGAUCUCACACUCGCUCCACCCCACCUUCAACACCUUCACCCCCGCCGGCCGUGUCAUGACAGACCUGUACGAAAUGGCCGCACGGCACGUGGCGGUUGGUGGCGUGGCGCGUACGGCGCUGGCGGCGGUUGGUCGGGCGGUUGGCCAGACCGUUGGCCAGGCGGGUGGCAAGGCGGUUGGGGCGGUUAGCGGCAGCAGUGGAAUGCAUGACGCAGAGAAGGCGCGUGUGGGGUUUGCGGCUGUUCACGCAGCUUCUCGGGUAGAGGCGUGCCAGGAGGGCCAGAAGUAUCAGACGGAGUCCGGAGGUAAGGGUGUUGGUGAUGAAGGUGGUGAUGGCGGCAGUGACGACACGGCUGCGCCGGAGGAUGAUGACGACGGCUUGGCGGCUCUGCUGCGGCUGGUGGUGGGCGAGCGGCUCAACAGGCCCACGGAUUGGGUCAACCGGCUGUGCCGGGACGCGGACGUGGUGCGGGACGCGCGGGCGGUGGUCUGGUACGACGACACGCGGUCCGAGGCGGAGCGGCGCUUCCCGGAGCUGUUCAGGCUGCAGAUUGCUGGCAAGCACGCCGCAGCGCGGCAGACCAGCCUACGCCCCGCCGCCCUGACCCACACCGCGCCGCUGCUGAUACUGCCGAGUGUUGCGGGUGGACAGCAGCCGCCCGCUGCUCAGCUACUGCCACCGCCUUGAGCCGCACGGAAUCAGGCCGCUGGCCUCCGGUGACAAGGGGGAGGUCCUGUUGCUGUGGAGAGAUGCCGUAGAGAGGCGGCAUGUCGGACGGGCCAGAGAGGGCGUAGAAAAACGUCUGGGAAGUCAGUAAUGGACAGGUCCGGUACUGGGCUGCUUCGUCCAGCUGCAUCACCCUUCCUCACCUGGCGCAAACAGGCCCAGACCCGGACUUCAUAAGCAUCAUUCAUGAAGUCAGGUAGAGAUUGGAAUUGAUGUUGUUUCGUUGCCAUGGCUAGCGGGCAGCAACUCGGAACGUGGCCAAGUCCCCUGCGUUCAAGCGCGUGUGUCACGCGCGACAUACCAGUACAAUUGUACAAAGAGGCGAGGCAGGGGUAGGCGAGACGAAGCGCGGUGCGUCUUGAGUGUGAGGAGAUGCCUGCCAAUGCG